AUGCACUAUAUUGUCUUUCCAGUUUUAAGUGAUCCAAUUACACGGCUUGAGUACGACUUUUCUGGCUGUUACGAGGUCAAUCAAUAUACUGCACGUGAGUACCUUUCAAGAUUUAAGGGAAUGAUACUUACCUGCAAUGGCCUUGGCAUAGAGCAUUCUUCAAAAUGGGCGCGACACUUGAGGGAAUGGGAGCCCCAUUGA